UAAAUCACAAGGAAAAAAAAGUUCUUGUUUUCUUGUCGUUCACAAGAAAAACAAAUGCUCCUUGUCCACUAACCCCAAUCCUUAUAUUACCACACAAUAUUGAACAUCUACAAAUCCUUCCGGCUUCACAAUAUCAUCACCAUCGUCAUCGUCAAAGCUUUUUUCCAAUUAACUGGGGUUGGCUACAUUAAUCUUGAUAUGCCAUUCACCCCUAUUAAAGACCAUACCUAAUCAUAUAUAGCCAUCAAAUCGCCUGAAAUUUGCCUAUUUAUGGUGGAAACGCCCCCACGAAAACCAUAGGCCCUAAAUUCCAGCCUCGGAAAGCUAGAAAAAAAAAAAACCAGUGAAAUUUUAACUCAGGCGAAAUUUUGGGCCCAAUACCCGAAAACAGCCUAGUCUUUGGCUCCCAUCCCUUAAAUCAAACCUGAAUUCCGGCCGAAGCCCUCGAAACCAAGAUAAUUUUCAGCUCCAUAUCCAAAAACUUCGAUAAAUUUACCCCCGAUGCCUGGCGAAAUUUCAUCCCUCUCCCCUAAACUAGCCUUACCUUGCCCCCCAAAAUAGGCUAAAUUUUCGACUCGAACUUCGAAAUUUCGGCAAAACUUUACCCCUGAAACCAGCCAAAACUUCACGGUAACCGAAAUUCCGGCGAAACUUUAACUACCAAGCCCUUGAAAACAAACAGAAAAAUCAAACCCAGAACCGCGCAAAAAUCCAUUCAUCGGUGAAAAUUUCGGCGAAAUCUCGGGCAUGGCGAUGGAGGUGCUAACCGCGUUGGACCAAGCCAAAACCCAACUCUAUCAUUUCACUGCUAUUGUUAUAGCGGGCAUGGGCUUCUUCACCGAUGCCUAUGAUCUCUUCUGUAUAACGGCCGUUGUAAAACUCAUUGGCCGCUUAUACUACUACGACCCAGUGACUGGGAAUCCGGGAAGGCUGCCAGAUAACGUCAAUAACGCUGUAUCGGGCGUUGCGCUUUGUGGAACGUUAGCUGGCCAGUUAUUUUUUGGUUGGCUCGGCGAUAAGCUUGGAAGAAAGAAAGUUUAUGGCAUAACGCUCGUUACGAUGGUGGGGUGCGCCAUUGCGUCGGGUUUCUCGAUUGGGGCCUCACCUAAGGCCGUUAUAACGAGCCUAUGCUUCUUCAGGUUCUGGCUUGGCUUCGGGAUUGGUGGGGACUACCCGCUAUCAGCUACAAUCAUGUCCGAAUACUCAAACACAAAGACACGUGGAGCUUUUAUCUCGGCUGUUUUCGCCAUGCAAGGGGCCGGGAUCCUAGCUGCUGGAGCCGUAUCCAUGGCAGUUUCCAAGGCAUUCCUUGCAGCGUAUCCUGCUCCAAAGUUUAACAAUGACCAUGUGUUGUCGACUCAGCCAGAAGGUGACAUGGUUUGGAGGCUUGUGCUGAUGUUUGGGGCAGUACCAGCCUUACUGACAUAUUACUGGCGGCUAAAGAUGCCGGAAACGGCUAGGUUCACAGCUUUGGUUGAGAAUGAUGCUGAGAAGGCGGCAGCAGACAUGGCAAAGGUGCUUGCAAUGGAGGUAACUGCCGAGAAAACAGUCGCUGCUUCAACUCAAAACACCUAUGGCUUGUUUUCAAGAGAAUUCCUCUCCAGGCAUGGAAUGCACCUUGUGGGGACUUCCACAACCUGGUUUCUCCUUGAUAUUGCUUUUUAUAGCUCGAACCUAACCCAAAAAGAUGUUUACCCAGCCAUUGGCUUAUUGCCCAAAGCUAGCAAUAUGGAUGCAAUCACAGAGGUCUACGAGAUCUCAAAAUCCAUGUUCCUUGUUGCUCUCUUCGCAACCGUUCCAGGCUAUUGGUUCACAGUGUUCCUAAUUGAUAAGAUAGGUCGAUUCGUGAUCCAACUUGGUGGCUUCCUCUUAAUGUCGAUUUUCAUGCUAAUCGUUGGGAUUCAAUAUAAAGAGCUAAGAGGAGACAAAUGCAAGACUAGCUCAACGGGCUUUUGUAAUGGGAACCCUAAGCUAUUUGCCGUUCUAUAUGGAUGCACCUUCUUUUUUGCUAACUUUGGGCCAAAUAGCACCACUUUUGUUGUACCAGCUGAGCUUUUUCCAGCUAGGUUUAGAUCUACUUGUCAUGGAAUCUCAGCCGCAGCAGGGAAAGCAGGGGCUAUAUUAAGUGCGUUUUUGGUUCAAACACAAACAUUAGAUGGUGAUGCUACAAAGAUAAAGAAGGCAAUUAUUGGGCUUGCAGUGGUGAAUUUUGUUGGGUUUUUGUUCACUUUCAUGGUGCCUGAGACCAAGGGGAGGACACUAGAGGAGAUAUCUGGGGAGAAUGAGGAGGAGGCUAAAGACAACAAUGUUUAAGCCUCCUGUAUGCCGAGGACUAGUGCGUUAGGCCAUAUAAGGUGGACAUAUUUCUUCUGGUUCUUGUUGUUUAGUUAUGAGAUAAGAAAGGGGUCAAGUUAUUUAGUGGGUUAGCACUGGAAAUGGGUUGGAAAGUGCAGAUGCAGAGUGUAUUUGAUUAAAUAAGAGUCAGUCUUGUACUUAUUGUUUGGGUUUGGAACUAGGUUAGAUUUUAUGAUGUAGUGCAUGAAGUUUUGUGAAGUUUGAACAUUAACAGUAUGUGUGUCUA